AUGGGAUGGCAGAAGGCUUUUUUGGACAAAAUGAUGCAAAACCUUCAGAUCCGAAACCUUCUGAUGCGUCAGGCUCUGGCCGAAUGCCUGGGUACCCUCAUUCUGGUGAUGUUUGGCUGUGGUGCUGUUGCUCAGUUGGUUCUGAGUGAAGGAUCUCAUGGAAUGUUCCUGACAGUGAAUUUCGCAUUUGGUUUUGCUGCCACGCUUGGGAUAUUGGUGUGUGGUCAAGUUUCAGGUGGCCACCUGAACCCGACCGUUACUUUUGCACUUUGCAUUUUGGGUAGAGAACCAUGGAGGAAGUUUCCGGUGUAUUUUCUGUUUCAGACUCUGGGCGCUUUCCUUGGAUCAGGGAUCAUAUUCGGCAUGUAUUUUGAUGCCCUUUGGGAGUACCGUAAGGGCAGCCUGAUUGUGGUGGGGGAAAAUGCUACAGCUGGCAUAUUUGCCACGUAUCCGUCCAGCCAUCUCAGCGUGGUCAACGGCUUUUUCGACCAAGUGAUUGGCACAGCGGCUUUAAUCCUGUGUAUUCUGGCCAUCGUGGACCCAUUUAACAACCCAAUCCCACGCGGGCUGGAGGCUUUCACUGUGGGCUUGGUGGUUUUGGUGAUCGGCCUUUCCAUGGGCUUCAACUCGGGCUACGCUGUCAAUCCCGCCAGAGACCUCGGACCUCGGAUCUUCACAUCAAUCGCAGGCUGGGGCACCGAAGUCUUCACGGUGAACGAAUACUGGUUCUUAAUUCCAAUUUUCGCCCCAUUUAUUGGUACCGUGUUUGGCACUUUGGUGUACCAACUGAUGGUGGGUUGCCACACUGAAGGAGAAGCUCAUGACAAAAAAGAAAAAACAGAGGGGUUGUCAGUCAAAGAGUUGUAUGUCUCUGAUAAGGAGGGCAGUGAUCAGGAUGGAGACGGGACCGAGCAGAAGCCUUUUAAAACUCCACUGAAGGCUAUGCUGUUUGCUGGAAAAGAACCAUUCCCAACCAUCUAUGUGGAUUCUCAGAAAGAAGGAGAGCGCUGGGUUGUGAUCUCCAAAACCCAGCUGAAGAACACGAAAAAACUCUUUCAUAGGGAACAAAUGAAGACGGAUGCAAAGGAAAAGAAAGAGGCAGAGGAUGCUGAGAGACGAGAGAAGAAUGUAGAAGAGGCCAAGAAGAUCGUUAUCGAGCAGGAUCCCAGCCUUCCAGAGCCCAAAACGGUUAAGAUCCAUCAGCUGGAACCUCUGAGGGAACAGAGAGUCAAAGUGUUUGGCUGGGUGCACCGGUUACGCCGGCAAGGAAAGAACCUCCUGUUCAUCGUGUUGAGGGAUGGAACGGGUUUCCUGCAGUGUGUUCUCACUGAUAAACUGUGUCAGUGCUAUAACGGCUUGGUGUUGUCUACUGAAAGCACGGUGGCUCUCUACGGAACAGUGAAGGAAGUUCCUGAGGGAAAACAGGCUCCAGGUGGCCACGAGCUGCACUGCGAUUUCUGGGAGCUGAUCGGACUUGCUCCGGCCGGCGGCGCGGACAACCUGCUGAACGAGGAGUCCGACGUGGACGUUCAGCUGAACAACCGGCACAUGAUGAUCCGCGGGGAAAACGUCUCCAAAAUCCUGAGAGUGCGCUCUGCUGUUACACACUGCUUCAGGGAGCACUUCUUCAGCCGCGGCUACUACGAGAUCACUCCUCCCACGCUGGUGCAGACCCAGGUGGAGGGCGGCUCCACCCUCUUCGGGCUGAAUUAUUUCGGCGAGCAGGCCUACCUGACGCAGUCGUCACAGCUGUACCUCGAGACGUGCAUCCCGGCGCUUGGGGACACUUUCUGCAUCGCUCAGUCGUAUCGGGCUGAGCAGUCGCGAACACGCAGACACCUGUCUGAGUACACCCACAUCGAGGCUGAAUGUCCCUUCAUGACCUUCGAGGACCUGCUGAACAGAUUGGAGGAUCUGGUGUGUGACGUUGUGGAUCGAGUGCUGAAGUCUCCCGCUGCACAGCUGCUCUACGAUAUCAACCCCAAUUUCAAGCCCCCAAAGAGGCCGUUCAAGAGGAUGAACUACACCGAAGCCAUCGAGUGGCUGAGAGAGCAUGACGUUAAAAAAGAUGACGGGACGUACUACGAGUUCGGAGAGGAUAUCCCAGAAGCCCCUGAGAGGCUCAUGACUGACACAAUUAAUGAGACCAUCCUGCUGUGUCGCUUCCCGGCUGAGAUUAAAUCAUUUUACAUGCAGCGCUGCCCCGAGGAUCGCCGCCUCACUGAAUCGGUUGACGUGUUAAUGCCUAACGUUGGCGAGAUCGUCGGGGGGUCGAUGCGUAUCUGGGAUGCCGAUGAGCUGCUGGAAGGCUACAAGAGAGAAGGCAUCGACCCCACUCCCUACUACUGGUACACUGACCAGAGGAAGUACGGCACAUGUCCUCACGGCGGAUACGGUCUCGGACUGGAACGGUUUCUCACCUGGCUUCUGAACAGACACCACAUCCGUGACGUGUGCCUCUACCCACGCUUUAUCCAGCGCUGCAGGCCCUGAACCCCCCACCCCCGAACCAAACCCAACGCACUUCGUACCUCUGCUCACUCUGCUUCGUCUUGCUGUCUUGAGGCAACACACAGGAAGGAAACAAAACUGCUAUUGCAUUGGCCUGGGCCAUCAAUACGUCUAUAUUUAGAGCUCCAAUCACGUCGCUGUAUGUAAUAUGAAUCGAAAUAAUGGUCUGUUCAAAUGCCAAAAUUUCUGUGGGGUAAUAAAUGAAUGUGAUGCUG